GCACUGAGGAGAAAUUAGCGCCGCGUACCAGUUCAAACAAAUAUGGCAGCGCCCAUGUCGACAAAAUUAACCCUGACUUGUUUUGAAGUUAAAAUAUGAAAUUAUUUAGAUAUUGGAGUCUUGACUGAUUUAAAAUAACAUGGCGGUGUUAUUAGAAACCACUUUGGGAGACAUCGUGAUCGAUCUGUACCCUGAAGAAAGGCCUAGAUGUUGUCUCAACUUCUUAAAGCUGUGCAAAAUCAAGUACUAUAACUUCAGCCUGUUCCAUUCUGUACAGAGAAACUUCAUGGCACAAACGGGUGAUCCCACUGGCACAGGCAAAGGAGGUGAUUCAAUCUUUAGUAAGCUUUAUGGAGAUCAAGCCCGCUUUUUCGAGAUGGAGACGGCGCCGCGCAUCAAACACACCAGAACGGGCGCUGUGUCCAUGGUCAACAACGGAGACAAUAUGCAUGGAUCUCAGUUUUUCUUCACGCUGGCAGAGAACCUAGACUACCUGGAUGGCAAGCACACAGUGUUUGGUGAGAUCAGCGAGGGACUAGACGUACUGACCAAGAUCAACGAGGCGUUAGUGGACAAAGAAAACAGGCCUUAUCAAGACAUCAGGAUUAGCCAUACAGUGAUCCUGGAUGAUCCGUUUGACGAUCCGCCAGGACUGGAAAUCCCCGACCGGUCACCAGAGCCAACCAAAGACCAACUUGAGAGCGGCAGGAUCGGAGCUGAUGAGAAUAUUGACGACACGGAAGGAAAAACGGCCGAACAAGUCGAAGAAAUGACCAAAGAACAGGAGUCAAAGGCCAGGGCACAAAUCUUAGAAAUGGUUGGGGAUCUGCCAGACGCAGACGUCAAGCCGCCAGAAAAUGUGCUUUUUGUUUGUAAACUGAAUCCCGUCACCACCUCUGAGGAUCUAGAGGUUAUUUUCUCAAGAUUCGGACAAAUCAAUAGUUGUGAGGUGAUCAAAGACCAGAAGACAGAAGAGUCCUUACAGUAUGCGUUUGUUGAGUUUGAGCGGGAGGAAGACUGUGAAAAUGCCUUCUUCAAGAUGGACAACGUACUCAUUGACGACCGGCGGAUACACGUGGACUUCAGCCAGUCGGUAGCAAAGGUCAACUUCAAGGGAAAAGGUCCCAUGGAGAUCCCACAGGGUAGCUCGGACAAGAAGCCCAAAUUUGAAUUGAAGGACAAAUCCAGACAACAUGGGACCAAAUAUGACCUCGUUCUAGAAGGGGACGACAUGGAGGCCCCUUCCCAUCAUGCAUCAGGCUCGCGUAAGAGACGUCAGGAUUCCAGCGAAGAUUCUAGUGACGGCAGAAGUGGCAGGUCCAGCAGAAAAUCAAAGGCAAAGCAAAAGAAACACAGGGACAGCAGCUCAAGCAGCGAAGGUAGCAGACGCCGAAAGAAGGAAAAACGCAGAAAGCAUGACAGCUCAAGUGAGGACGAUACACACAGGGACAGACACAGGGAGAGAAACAGGGACAGAGACCGAGGGGAGACAAGUCGGAGUGACAGAAGGGAUGACAGAAGGGACGACAGAGAUGGAAGGGGGAAAGACUCGCACAGGGACAAGGGACGGGAUAAGGGAAGAGAUGAUCGGGGGAGAGAUGAUUGGGACAGAGGUAGGGGAAGGGACUGGGGUGCAGACAGACACACGGAUGGUGACAGACACAGGAGAGAUGAUGAGAGAGACAGGGUGAGGGACAGGGGUAGGGAGAGGGACAGAGAUAGGGACAGGUAUCGUGACAGGAGGUAGUUGUUAAUUUCAUUUGAUCAACCCUUUGUAAGUUUAGUUUUUCUAGCUUUGAAGAGUGAAAAACAUGAUGUGUGAAAAAUAGAUUCGCCAGUGUGCUGGAUCAGAUUCGCCAGUGUGCCAUCUUAUGCUUGGAGUUUGAAGAGUAAAAAUCAUCCAUAUUACUUUGUACUACAUUGUAUUACAUUGUACUACAUUGUAUUACAUUGUAUUACAUUGUAUUACAUUGUAUUACAUUGUAUUACACUGUACUGCAUUUAUUCCCUUCCCAGUCCAUAAAGCUACAGAGUGUUUAAAUUGGGCCGGUAUAAGGAGUAACAGGCAGGGCAUGUUGGGGCAGUACAGGGUCUAACGUGGAAAAUUUGUCAUAUGUUGAGUAUUUUGUGCCAUAUACAUUGUAACUCCUAAACUACAGAUUCUGUGUUUUGAUUGGCUGAGAGUACAUCACAUGGUAUUCACUGUUCAAGUAUUGCUGUGUUCCUUUGGGGGGGGGGUUGUAUUGUGUCAGCCAAAGCAGUCGUUAUUUUGUAUACUAGCUACUGUAUGUGCCAUGCAAGAAUUAUCAACCGUUGAUAAGGAAGCUUGCUUGUGACCUUUACAGGAAGUGCUUGUGACCUUUUCAGGAAGUGAUGUCACCAGUAAAUAGUGGAUGUGGAACUGACCAAGAUUAUAGUUGGGGUUUUAACCACGGUUUCUCUUUAGCAUUUCCACUUGGGGAAGUUCCGUUCGAUAAAACGUCUGUCACAAGCAAAUAUCGUUCAUCAGCCCGGCGUUUAUCUCUGGUUUCCUUGGCAUUAAAUGACUAAAAAAAUGCCUAUUUCCUCCUUCGCAGGUUACUCCCCAGCUAAUGCUGGUACCCAUUUAUACUCCUGGGUGGAGAGAGGCAAGUGGGAGUAAAGUGGCUUGCCCAAGAACACAACAUAUGGCCAGCGGCUGGAUUCGAACCCCUGACCCUCUGAUCACGAGUAACAAACCUUGGGAACAGAUUACCUGUGUCUGAAAUUUAAAUGCAUAAAAACCAUGUUUCCUAGUCAUUCCUCAGUAAACUUUUAUCCUCUUGUAAAAAUGCAGGUUUUUUUAAAUUGAUGUUUUCUAAAAGGCUUUGUUUUUGUGACCUUACUAAACAGGCAUUUUUCAAUAUCUUGCAACCAUUUGUAACUUUAUAUUGAAUGUGAUUUGAAUACAUUUUAAUGAAAUAAAGUAAAUUACUUCAAAAUA